AUGUCUACCGACGAUACCUCGACCACCCCUGGCUCUCCCUCGUAUCUAUUGUCGCCGUCUUCGUCCACAAGCUACUUCGACCUCCCUUCGUUCCCACCAACCAGACGAAUCUCCCAGAUCGGCUGGGGUGAACCUGACAGCCCCGACCGUAGCUUCGCGUCCCCACGCUUCGCCGGUGGUGAAUGUGUUGCGACCAUGGCUGAACGUAAGCGCGCAAUACGCGAGAGACUACAAGCUGAAUUCUACACCCGGCCAAACGAGUCUCAAGCUUCGUCCCAAGAGUGUCUUACAAAGAUUACCACGAGCGAAAGCCCCGAACAGCACCACGGUGAAGAAGUCACUGAGCAAUCGCGUCGCCGCAAGCGCAAGGGCAGCUUUAUUAAACUUGUGAAGAAACUCGUUACUGCUGGCACGUCGCCUAGACAUUCUUCCAUAUCCAUUCACUUACAAUCAACAGCGGCCACAAGCACCCGCGAGCCACUCCUCUGA